UCUCGUUGUGUAGACUGGCAGGUGAGAUACGGCGUCGUUCUUUAACGACUUCCUUUGUAGGCGUCAGAGUUUCGGAUUGCUCUUCUUGCAGUCAAAAUCGGAUUCAUUGCCCUUUUGAUUUCGAUUGAAUCCGCGUCCGAUGAAAUCUGCCUGAGAUUGUUCCACUAGGAUUUAAGAAUCGUUUGUUUUAGAUGAAAAAUCGAUCAAUCGAUGAUUAAUGGCGCCAUCUUCCUCAGCGAACGGAGAAACAGCCGUUUCGCUCGCGUACACAGAUAAUUUAAAAGGGUUUGUUCUUGCAGUGCUCUCCAGUGCCUUCAUUGGAUCCAGUUUCAUCGUAAAGAAGAAGGGUCUGAAGCGGGCAGGGGCGUCGGGUCCUCGUGCUAGUGUCGGAGGUUAUGGGUACUUGUUGGAGCCGCUUUGGUGGGUCGGCAUGUUUACUAUGAUUGUUGGGGAGGUUGCGAAUUUUGUCGCUUACGUUUUUGCUCCUGCUGUUCUUGUUACGCCGCUUGGGGCAUUGAGUAUAAUUGUUAGUGCGGUUCUAGCGCAUUUUUUGUUGGAUGAGAAAUUGCAGAAAAUGGGAGUACUGGGGUGUGUUCUAUGUAUAGUAGGGUCUACGGUGAUUGUACUUCAUGCUCCUGAAGAAAGUACUCCGAGUUCUGUAGAAGAAAUUUGGGAUUUAGCAAUCCAGCCAGCAUUUCUUUUAUAUACGGCAUCAGCUAUAGCUGUGGUGCUGGUGCUGAUGUUGCAUUGUGCGCCACGAUGUGGGCAGACAAACAUAAUGGUCUACAUAGGCAUAUGUUCUAUAAUAGGAUCUUUGACAGUAAUGAGUAUAAAGGCCAUAGGGAUUGCAAUAAAACUGACAAUCGAAGGUACAAACCAGGCAGGAUAUUUCCAGACAUGGAUAUUUGCAAUGGUUGCAAUAACAUGUAUCAUCACUCAAUUAAAUUAUCUAAACAUGGCAUUGGAUACCUUCAGUGCUGCAAUUGUUUCUCCCAUCUACUAUGCAAUGUUCACAACUCUCACAAUUUUUGCAAGUGCUAUAAUGUUUAAGGAUUGGUCUGGUCAGAGUGCAAGUAAAAUGGUAUCAGAGAUCUGUGGAUUUAUCACUGUGCUUUCUGGGACCACAGUAUUGCAUAGUACUAGAGAACCAGAUCCACCCCCUGUUACAGAUCUGUAUUCACCACUUUCACCUAAAAUAUUAUGGCAUAUCCAAGGCAAUGGAGAGUUGUGGAAGCAGAAAGAUGAAGAUGGGUCAUCCCUUGAUUUUGUUACAAUUUUCAAGCAAGACUAUUUCUCUUAAACGACUUCUUGGUGGUUUUAUGCCUAACAAAUUAUAGAUCAUUGAAGGCUUCCAAACAGAAAUUGGUGCUCAAAAUCUGCAAUUUUGCUGUACAUACUAGGAGAUGAAGUUGACUACAUUUCUGAUUUCUGGGCCCAAUUUGGCAAUUCAAUUGACAGCUGGAGAAUCUUUGUUUGCUUGUGCAGGCCAAGUUUUUAUGGUCAUUUAUUGAGUUUUCUUUUCCUUGAGUCAAUGUGUUUGUAUGUUCUUUUGCCUUCUCGUAUGAGUACCAGUAUUUCUAGAAUUUUUGUCGUGUAAUGUCUUUUUAUUUUCCUUCUAUUUCAUUUUGUUUUUCAUUUUCUCCAGUCUGUAGAUCAAUUUGUUUCCUUUUGUUGUACAAACCCAAUUACUUGUAAGGGGGUUUGUCUUAGGUAUUAACAUCGUAGGCUCUAGUGACAGUAAUUUAUUUAUUUAUUUGCUUCACUUUGAUAUUUAAAUAAGAAAAAUUGAUUUGUAGGUUUCCAUUUGA